AUGGAGAGGUCUACAAAAGGCCCGUUGGUGGAGCCGAGUGAAGACACUCUGGCCGGCAUGUUGUCGAAUACGAUCGCCGGCCCGUAUUAUCUGCAAUUACCUCGACUUCAACGGCGGCGGCGGGUACGUCGUGGACAGUGCGUGCGCGUCCGGAAUGCUCGCGGUGGCGACUCGGCCGAAAAGCUGGCGUCCAGCGCGGCCGACUUCGUAUUGGCGGGUGGAGUCGACGUCAGCCUGGAUCGCUUUGGAACUGGUGGAAUUCGCCCGUUCGGUUGCACUGACACGCGGCGAGCA